AUGUACUCCCAGGCACGGAAUUGUGCCCCUAUCGCGUCGGUGGCCACGGGAAUGGCCUCGAAACGCGGUGCUCCCUCCGCCAUAGGAAGGCGAGGCCUGGCGAGGCUCAAUGGGUGGGCUACGACCCCUAAUUCCUCGUCCAGACAGAUUCGCUCGCUCUCAGGGAGAUGUCUAGGGAUCAAUACGGUUUCCAGAGUACCUGGACUAUCAGCCACCACAAGAUUGGCAUCCGCUGUGCCAGCUACUGUUCCAAUGCAGUAUUUUGCGUGCUCUCAGAUCAGAAGCUUCAGUAAAGCAGACCAUACCCAGGUUUCAGGGGAUAACCAAAAGACCGAGGAACUAUUGGAAAAAUAUGAAGUUCAAGAAGGCAACCAAGAGGCUCGUCCUCAACAUACAUUACUCCACGAAGAACCAAAGGAAAAGAAAUCCCUAUUAGAAGGAGACAAAUGGCCGGAGCGGAUGACAAAAGGAAAAAUGUUGACGACGCCUUCGCGCCUCUUCAAAUUGAUCGUCCCGCUGACAACAAUCGGCAACGAGGGUCGCGACAAAGGCAAGUGGAUUGCGACUCAAACCAAUACACAACUAACAACAUCACCAGAAAUUGAACCCAUAGCUAUUCUCGUCCACCCCCAACAACCACUUUCAUAUCUAGAGCGGUUGAUUCAGUCCGAGGUGCCUCCGAUCAUUGGCCAAACUGACAAGCUUCGGCCACCUGCUGUGUCCUUCAUUGCCCUGCAGCACGAAGAUAAUGCUAUCAAACCCAAAAAGAAAGUGGAAGAUGACAUCGACGUGGAUGCUCACCAGAACAAUAAAAACCAAGAUUACGUCCCGGGCAACGAUGGUGUUGGCGGCAGUAGGCCAAAAGGCAGCCGUCCAAUCCAGCGUCGACGCUCGCGCGAGGAAGAUGCUGAGACAAUAAGCUAUCCCCGAGUACCCAGUUCCGAGGACAUUCCUGACGGCGAACCUGAACGCUUCGUCCGCUGGUCCCAAGCCACCGAGGUUGGGGACUUUAUUCGUGACGCCUCGCGAGCAGGCGAGUUCAUUGUCACCAUUGAAGGCGCACCGGAAGGUUUAGGCCAAAUCCGCGUCGCAGUACCCUCUUUCAACGAGCGCACCUACUAUCUGCGCAUGCGGCUUCGCAAGCUCGCUCGCCGAAUCCAAACCAUGGCGAAUGUUAAGGAACAAUGUGAUGCACUUGCACACCGUGGUGCUCAGCGCGUUGCAAUGGGUGGGUUUGGUAUUCUGGCUGUUUGGUGGCUCACGGUCUACCGACUGACCUUUGAGACUUCCCUUGGAUGGGAUACCAUGGAGCCCGUAACUUAUCUCGUCAGUUUGUCAACACUGAUGGGAGGUUACUUGUGGUUUUUGUAUCACAACCGGGAGAUUUCUUACAAAUCUGCGCUUGAUUUCACUAUCAGUGCCAGGCAGAAGAAGCUGUACAAUCUGCACAAGAUUGAUUUGCAGCUUUGGGAGUCUCUCAUUGACGAAGGUAAAUCGCUUCGCCUGGAGAUCAAAAACAUUGCCGCCGAGUAUGAUGCCGAAUGGGACGAGAGAGCCGAUGAACAUGAUCAGCGUGUCACAGAGGUUCUCAAGUCGGAUCGCCGAGAAGAUAAGGAGAAGAAGGAUUCCGGUGAUCAGGACAACAAGUCUGAUUAG